AAAGGUACAGGUGAUUGAUUGACGGGUGCUUCACUACAUUCAUACAGCUGGCAGCUAAUGAUAGAAGUUAGAAACAAACAACUUGUUUUCUCAGUGUUUCAUCUCCCUCAAUGGAUGACAACUUAAGUGAAACAUAUGGAUAAAAUGACCAUUUUCUACAAUGUCUACCGAUGGAGCCCAGAGUUUGUUAAAGGCUGUCUUUCGACAUAUGAAGAACAUACUUGCAUCUCAGCUGCUCUUUACGUUUUGUCUGCUUUGAUGUUACUGGUUUCCUGUUCACUUCUUCUUUAUCACAGAUGCAAAACGCGAAGCAAGAGUUGGGGUGAUGAAGCAGUCUGCGCUUUGUAUUGUUUCGUGGGGAACCUGUGCAGCGCAGUGGGCGCCUUACUUUCCAAACAGUUUGAUUUUCAGAUUUCUAUGGCUUCAUAUAUGGCAGUUUUGGAUGUUGUCCAUUUCCUGUCAAUAUCUCUCUCCAUUUUUUUAUGGUACAAGUCAAAAAUGGGAAAGAAAAUGAGAAUGGUGUCUAGGAGGAGGAGGCAGAAUUUUCUAGUUGUGUCUCUGCUGUUUGUAAUGGGCGGCAACAUCUACCUGGGUUUGCCUAUCCAUUUAAGUCCAGUAAAGGUAUCUCCAACCAUGAGGAGACCACUGGGAAUGUUCCUCGAUGACCAUACCGAGAACCUUGGUUACAUGCUGGGCCUUCUGUCCUUCGCAAUCAGCUGGACUGCUAAGCUUCCCUUCAUCCUGAAAGCUUAUAGAGGAGAGCACAAUUCUGCUGUGCAGGUGUGCGCUAGAGUUCUGUGUUCUGUAGCUGGAGCUCUGUAUGCAUCUGCCAUUCUUCUCUAUGACAACCGGCUAAUAUCUUUGGUCAAAGCAAUGCCAUGGAUACUCUCUGCUAUCAGCUGUGCAGUUCUGGAUCUUUUUAUUGUGGUCCUCAUCUGUUUCAGAUCCAACCAUAAACGCCCUUCUGUCCAGUCUUUAGACUCUGAUACUGAAUCUUUACUAGGUGACUCUUCUGUCACGGGUCAGCUGUGUAACAACAAUGUUGAAUGCUACAAGAAGAAGCACCUGUCAGCAAGAGGCAUUUCUCCCAAAGGGACUGACAUGGGACUAUACAUGGAUGUCAACAUACAACCAAUGAGGAAGGUUUGUCUCAAGGAGGUGACGAUCUCACGGGACGGCUCAUCAGAGAGUCUUCCUCUAAAGAGGACCGUCAGGGUGGUACGGGUUGAUGAACAGUGUUCUUCUGGAACCUCGACGGAUUCAUCUUCUGUCGCCUCUGAACUAGAGUGGGACUUUGAAGAAGCAAAAACACGGUGGAUCGCGGUAGAGGAAGCUCCUGAAGAACUGCAGAAAGCAGAGGCAUUCCCUCUCCAGGAGUGGCCAGCAGGUUCGAUCUCAAAGUCAACCGGCAGAACUGGCUCUCAUGUCUGCUUCUGUAACCGAGCACAGCUAACGGAAAAGCCGGCAUCCUCAUAAUCCGACAGCUAAUCCCGAUGCCACUCGGGUCACGCAUUAACAUGAUUUGAGUGUAUUUGAUGUUUAAUAAAGCAAUGUAAAACUAUA